UAUUGCGAUAGUUCAAGCUUGUUUGUUUCAUGGCUGGCAAAUGUACAUUAGAAAUUAUUUAAUAGGAAUAACACCUGCACUGUUUUCCCCUAAAUUUUCAGCUCACCACAGAUAAACAAGUAACAGAAAAAUUGAUAUCUUAUUUUUGACAGCCCAACCCCGUAGUUCCAUGUCAUUCAUCUGUAUCUGUGAGCGAACGGUCCCUCUGGGUCCAGCACUUUCUAAAUUUGUUACAGCCUGUAUUGAACCUGCUCUCUUUAACGGCUCCUUCUAGGGUUUUCUCCGGGCAACAAAAUGGUCUUAUGCCAAGUGCAGGACAAACUUGCAGGAGAAGUUUUACACUCGCAGAGAGAUGGUCCUGAGGCAGUUUGUUCUCAGACCAACUGAAUUGUCCAUGGCCCGUGUUCUGUCCCUACUCCGGCCUCAGCCUUUCCUGGCCCUCAUUGGCAGGAAGAAACCUGUAUUGUGCAAAAUGUCAAUGGACUCUCGGGCACGCCUUGUGUUUGCAUCUGCAGUGGAAGCUGUGCAGCCAGACACAGUUAUCCGACGGAAUAUAGAGCGCAAGGAAGACUCAGUCACCAUUGAUGGUCACAAAUUCACACUCAACCACAACCUGCACUUGGUGGGGUUUGGAAAAGCUGUACUAGGUAUGGCUGCAGAGGCAGAGAGGCUUCUGGGGGAUCACCUAGUCAAAGGAGUAAUAAGCGUACCACAUGGGAUUCAGCAGACACUACAGGGGCAUGGGAAAGGCCAUCUGCUGUUAAAAGGGAACAGUCGCAUCAAAGUAAUGGAGGGAGCUAAAAACAACUUGCCUGAUGCUGAAGCCCAGAUUGCAGCUGAAGGGAUCAAGCAGCUGGCCAGUGAACUUACAGAGAAAGACAUUCUUCUGGUACUGAUUUCAGGUGGAGGCUCUGCAUUGUUACCGGCACCCAUCCCACCGAUCUCGCUGCAAGAGAAACUGGAUGUUACUCGCAAACUUGCAGGUGCUGGUGCCACCAUUCAAGAGCUGAACACCGUGCGACGGGCCCUCUCUUACCUAAAGGGAGGAGGGCUUGCACAUUUUGCUCACCCUGCAAAGGUUGUUUCACUGAUACUGUCAGAUGUAAUUGAGGACCCUCUGGACUUGAUAGCCAGUGGCCCCACAGUGCGGUGUGAGGUGUGGCCUGAAGAAGUUCUGUCAGUGCUAGAACGCUACAGUCUGUUAAAUUCUCUACCUGCCUCAGUGAAGGAAGUCCUUGGAAGACCAGGUCCCCGCUGGAAGGAGACCAAGAGAGAAUCCGCUGAAUCAGGACAUGUCCACAAUGUUGUGAUUGGCUCAAACACCGUGGCCCUUAUGUGUGCGGGUCGCCGUGCUCGGGAGCUCGGUUUUCGCCCUGUUGUGGUGGCACCGGGAGUGUGUGGUGAUGUGAGAGCAGUCUCCAGACUUUAUGGCCUCCUGGCCCGCUUUGCCUGCGCUCGAGAGGAGCCUCCUCCAGAAAUAGCUGCUGAGAUGCUGAGGCUGGGGCCUGAAGUCGGCGUGGAGAGCUGGGACCUCUGCCGCACCAUGCAGGUGUUAGAUGAGGGGCGUACAGAAGGGUGGGGGGCCACCUGCCUUUUAGCUGGAGGUGAGCCCACUGUAGAGCUGACAGGUAUGGGUCGAGGUGGGAGAAACCAGGAGCUGGCUAUGAGAGUAGGACUGGAGAUGAAAGACCUGGGGGUCCCACCAAACGGUCCUGUUUUCCUGAGUGGUGGAACUGACGGUCAGGAUGGACCCACUGAGGCAGCGGGGGCCAUCACUGAUGGGGGGUUGUAUCAAGAGGCACAAGCACAGGGGCUGGACAUCGAAACCUUCCUAACUAACAACGAUUCUUACACUUUCUUUGCAAGUCUUUCUGCUGGGCAGCGCUUACUUGUAUCUGGUCUUACCUGCACCAAUGUUAUGGAUGUGCACAUGCUACUUAUUCCACCAGUUCCCAUUAAUAUAAGAUAAUUUAAAAGACAAUCAAUAGAAUACUUGAAAUCCAGUGGAUCUGGAUAAAUAGAGAACUUUAACAGUCCAUUUAACUUGACAUUUAAGUGAUUGUAUUACUAAACUCUACAAACGUUUUUGGUUCAUAUAUAUAAAAAAAUACUUCAUAGAAGUUCAACUGCUUCUCCAGAUUGAAGUGGUAACAACCAUGAAGAAAAGACUGGUUCAAUAAUAAAAAUGUCACACUAUCAGCAGAGCACUUAUUUUUUUUCAAAGUUAUUGCUUCACUGAAAAGAUGUCACUGAAAUCAGUACGUUCAAUCACAACACAUGUAAUUUCAAUGAGCCACUGGUAUAAAACAGGCCUCCUAUCUUACAGCUUACAGCUGGUUUAUUAAGGUACUAAAAGCAUUUUGACACAUUUGUCAUUUAGCUUCAUUGAAAAUAAAUAUGCACAUAAAUAAACAUUACUGUCAAUAAACCAUGCAGUAAAAUGUC